UGGAGGCACCGGAGGUGGAUCGGUCCCUGGUCAUGCCCGGUGGAAGGAGGGGACCCAGUCGGCAGCAGCUAAGCCGUUCAGCUUUGCCUUCUCUCCAGACUCUGGUCGGUGGGAGCUGUGGCAACGGUGCUGGUUUGAGAAACAGGAAUGGUAGUGCCAUCAGCCUUUCUGCACCACCCAUCACAGCCCUGAUUACUCCAGAGCCUGUACGGCACUGCCAGAUCCCUGAACUGCCUCUGGACGGGAGCCUGCUCUUUGAGUUCCUGUUCUUCAUAUAUCUGCUAGUAGCCCUCUUCAUUCAGUACAUCAACAUCUACAAAACCGUCUGGUGGUACCCGUACAAUCAUCCUGCUUCCUGCACCUCACUGAAUUUUCACCUCAUUGACUACCACCUGGCGGCAUUCAUUACAGUGAUGCUGGCACGGAGACUCGUGUGGGCCCUUAUCUCCGAGGCCUCUCAGGUGGGCGCAACAUCAGUGAUUCACUAUGUGGUGCGCCUGGUGCUGCUCACCCUCUGUGGAUGGGUGCUCUGCUGGACUUUGGUCAAUCUCUUCCGCAGCCAUUCUGUCCUCAACCUUCUCUUCCUGGGCUACCCGUUUGGUGUGUACGUUCCUCUGUGCUGCUUCCACCAGGACAGCAGAGCACAGCCCCUCCCUGCAGACUGUGGUUACUUGGUACAAGAUCAGAUGGUGGACGAUGGGGCUUCAGGUGUCAGCAGCCUCGUCAAACCCAAAGAUUUCCUCUCUCUUCUGUGGGACUCCGUGAGAGAACAGUUCAAUAAUCCCACAUCUAUCCCCACCCACAGCUGUCCCCUCUCCCCAGAUCUCAUCCGUAAUGAGGUGGAGUGCCUAAAAGCAGACUUCAACCACCGGAUCAAGGAAGUUCUCUUCAACUCUCUCUUCAGUGCCUACUAUGUGGCCUUCCUGCCGCUGUGUUUUGUGAAGAGCACCCAGUACUACGACAUGCGCUGGUCCUGUGAGCACCUCAUCAUGGUGUGGAUCAACGCCUUUGUCAUGCUCACCACGCAGCUGCUGCCCCCCAAGUACUGCGACCUGCUCCACAGAUCAGCUGCCCACCUGGGCAAGUGGCAGAAGCUGGAACAUGGUUCCUACAGCAAUGCUCCACAGCACAUCUGGUCAGAAAACACCAUCUGGCCCCAGGGAGUGCUGGUGCGACGCAGCCGAUGCCUGUACAAAGCAGUUGGGCCUUACAAUGUAGCAGUGCCUUCAGACGCCUCCCAUGCCCGCUUCUACUUCCUUUUCCACCGUCCAUUACGGCUGCUCAACCUGCUCAUCCUCAUUGAAGGCAGCGUGGUCUGCUACCAGCUCUACUCACUGCUGCGCUCAGAGAAGUGGAACCAUACGCUCUCCAUGGCCCUCAUCCUCUUCUGCAACUAUUACGUCUUAUUUAAGCUCCUCCGGGACCGGAUAGUAUUAGGCAGGGCAUAUUCCUACCCACUCAACAACUAUGGACUCAAGGCACACUAGGCUGGCCAAUCGUGUACCCCUUUCCUUUCCCUUCCCACAGGACAGGGAGAGAACCUCAGAAAAAAUAUUUUCGUACAGUUCUAUUUUUUUCUUGCGGCGUUUAUAAAUAUUUAAAAUAUUUUAUAUUUUGUAUACUAUUGUUUUUGUGGGGUGGGAAGGGAACCAGUGGCAAUUAAAUGUCGCUUUAUAAACCAGGUGUUAUUUUAUAUAUAUAUAUAAAAAAAAUCAGUGUGUAUA